CCUUCAAGCACUUUACCUUGUUUGCAAUGGUGCGUUGGUGUACACUGCACUACUACAUAGAAGAUGCACGACGUCUAGGGGACGUGGAGAUCAGGUACUAUUGGUGCCACCCGAAGUACACGUGGCAGUACAUAGACUCGGAGGUUCAAGGAAUCGCUCUCACAGGUUUCUACUGCGGCUUCCUUGCUCAGAUUUAUACUAUUUGUCGUCUUGGCGCACUUGCGCUCUUCGGCUCCAUUUACCCGACAGUCCUCGUGUAACUUAAUCAUUGUGUUAAUUUAUAGCAUGGCAGAUAAUGUAGAACAGUGUCGAGCAGCUUUGAAGAGAUGCCCCCACGGUCAUUCUGAUCGAUCACAGUCUCUCAACAAUCUUGCCAUCUGCCUUCGAGACAGAUUUAUGCAGCAGGGCAUCCCGUCUGACAUUGACGAGUCCAUCGAGCUCCACCGGGCUGCACUAUUCCUUCAUCCCUCCGGUCAUUCUGAUCGGCCAAA